AGUAUUAAGAAAUAAGUAAAGCACACACUCACACGUUAGAGACCGUUCCAGAUUGCCACGUCAUCGUCUCCUCUGAACGAGUUUCUGCAAAAACCUGAAACGUGCAGCUACGGCACCCCUUUCUUCCUUCUCUCGCUCUCUUCCUUCUUCUUCUUCUCUUUCUCUCUCGAUUCGAAGAGAGAAGAAUCGUUUGAUUUCGUUUUCUCUUCUUUUGGAUUUUUGAUUUUUCUGGGAAAAUUUUGGAAUCGUUUUGAGUUGUAUCUCUCUCUCUCUCUCUCACUCCCGUGUUGUGGUCAACCAUGAAUAUCUUUCGAUUUGCUGGCGAUAUGACUCACUUGACCAGUAUCUUAAUCCUUCUUCUCAAAAUUUACGCUACCAAGUCUUGCGCUGGAAUCUCUCUCAAGACUCAAGAGCUAUAUGCGCUUGUGUUCUUGACUCGCUACUUGGAUCUGUUUACGGAUUACGUUUCUCUCUACAACAGCGUUAUGAAGAUUGUCUUCAUUGCCAGCUCUUUGGCUAUCGUUUGGUGUAUGCGUAGGCAUCCACUUGUGAGGAGGUCAUACGAUAAGGACCUUGACACAUUUCGUCAUCAGUUUGUUGUGUUAGCAUGUUUUGUUCUGGCACUUGUCCUGAAUGAAAAGUUCACAAUUCAAGAGGUAUUCUGGGCCUUUUCUAUCUACUUGGAGGCAGUUGCUAUCCUUCCCCAGUUGGUUCUGCUACAGAGAAGUGGAAAUGUCGACAAUUUGACUGGGCAAUAUGUCCUCUUUCUCGGGGCGUAUCGUGGACUCUAUAUCAUCAACUGGAUCUAUCGCUAUUUCACAGAAGAUCAUUUCACUAGAUGGAUUUCUUGUGUGUCCGGGCUUGUCCAAACAGCUCUCUACGCUGAUUUCUUCUACUACUACUACAUAAGCUGGAAAACCAACACCAAACUUAAGCUUCCGGCUUGAACAGAUCCCGACAAAUUUUGCGACAGUAUGAAAAUCCAGGAAGUUGCAGCAAUGUUGACAUUAGAAAAGAGAGACAUGGUUAAUAUUUGGUUUCGCCCUCUUUCUAACAAUGAGUUGAAUGAUGCAGGAUUGUUGUUUAAAAUGUGUUUUUUAGUCUUUUAAUGAACAUUGUAGCUCUCCCAACGAUUUUAGACCUUAAGAAGAGGUUUCGUUCAAAACUA